UUGAGGCUAUGGAGGCAGUCCAGGAGCGCCUGGGGAAGCUGGACGCGGGAUUCAAGCAAUGGUUGAGGCAGCAAUCUGCGCCCGUGGAGGUGGCAAUCGUCACAGCCGGUGGCGCCGCGCAGGGCGGUGCGAUUGGGGGGCUCAUGGGGCGAUUGACCGCGGAUGCUGCCGCCGGCGCUCCACCGAUGGGCAACCAGCUGCCGCAGACGAAUCCACAGAUGAUGGCUUUUGCUGGCGGACCUUGGGCUCAAGCUCGGAAUUUUGCCGUCAUGUCUGGAGUGAAUUCUGGGCUGACUUGCGUCAUGAAACGCUUGCGUGGUGGUGUUGAGGAUGCUCAAACCAGUAUGGUGGCGGGAUUUGGAUCUGGUGCGUGCCUUUCGAUCGCGAGCGGCAUUGGAGGCGAGAAUCCAGUGGCGUCUGCUGUCACUACUGGCUUAUCUUUCGGCCUUAUUCAAGCAGCGAUGUUCAAGGUGACGCAAAAGUUUUACCAACCUCCGGGAGAUGACAUUCAAUACCUGCGAUCCAAGAACAUGCUACGAGUACUUGGACUGGAAAAGUACGAGAAGAACUUUAAGAAGGGCUAUCUUACCGAUGAAACUCUUCCCUUGCUCACGGACAGUGCACUCAGGGACGUGAAGAUUCCACCGGGACCAAGGCUUUUAAUCCUGCACCACAUCGAAAGAAAUCUAGACGUCGCGAGGAGGGAAUAAAGGGAAUACAUUCUUGUACAAUCACGAUUUGUGCUGUGACGAGAGAAGUUUGAGGAACGCAAAGUUUUGAUUUGGAGGAGGAUAAUUGUUUGUGGCUGGUUGGCUGAUACACGAGCAAAAAAACUUAUUUCACGGAGAAGCAAACAACGAAGCAAAGGAUUUUCACGCCACGAAUCACGAUGGGCGAUUAAUUUGGAGGAGAUCAAUCGAAAUCCUUCCUCCAUC